UUAGCGUACACAGAAACGUAAAGCAAGCAUCGGUUUUGAUUACUGAUUGAAAUCGACGUCUGAUUUGAUCGGUCCAAGUCUGUCCGGGUUGGGAUACAUUUUUCCGGUUGCAGUUUGACAUAAAAAGCAGGUUCACCUGAUUUUAAAAGGAUGGGACCCCUACGGAAUUUUGGUUUAAUUGCCCUGCAGUCUUUGCUUUUUUGUGGAAUAAGUUUUGGUGAGGCUUCAUCUCCAGAAUCUACUAAUGCCACAUCGGAUUCACCUACCGAAAUGCAUACUUAUAAACUAGUAUAUUUCGAUGGACGCGGUCGCGGGGAAUUUGUUCGACUACUUUUUGCCACCGCUGGACAGAAAUUCGAAGAUUACCGCGUAGCAACCCCAGACUGGCCGGCUUUCAAACCGAAGACUCCAUGGGGAACUGUGCCUUACUUAGAGGUGGACGGCAAGCCACUCGGAGAGACGAAAGUUAUUAUCCGCCUUUUAGGGCAGCGUUUCGGUCUGCUUCCAAGUGGAGACUGGGAUCAAGCCUUGGCAAGCUCUAUUGUGGAAAAGGCUAUGGACAUCUACGACGGCAUGGUCAAGAUUCUUUUUAAGACUCCAGAUGGCGAAAAGGCUAAUGCAACCAAAGAGUACAUGGAAGUCAGUGUCCCUACAAUCCUCAAAGACGUAGAAAAAUUCGUCACCCAACAUGGCACUCACGGCCAUUGUUACGGAAGCAAGCUGACAACUGCGGAUCUGUCCAUGUUUUGUGCAAUUGACCUUUUAAAAGAAUGGAAGUUCGUCAAAGAUCCAGCUGCAUUCUUGACGCCGUAUCCUAAACUCAAGGCUGUUUUGGAUAAGACUGCCCACAAUGAAAAGGUGGCCCACUACCUCCAGACACGCAAAUAGCAAAGUAACAACGGCGAACUGGACCUGCACAAAACUUAGUUACUAAUUAAACUUGAUUUACUGUCAUUAAUUAUUAAUAAGUACUAUUAGAACGUAUACAACAUGGUUGAUUUCCGUAAGGAAAUAUUUCAGAAUGAAUGCAACUCACAAUAAA